UACUAUGAAUGACAUGUAAUCUAUCAAGUUUGUUUCUAAAAUGAAUGCCGUCCAAUGAAGAAAGGUUGUAAAUGCAUUGUUUAUUGUUGUUCGCGUCAGGAAAUAUAAAGAAAAUUCGACAUGUUCUGCUUUGUGUGGCCAUUAUGGGAAUCAUUGUUGUUGUGCUGGCAUCAGUCAUCAUCAUCCUCAGUAUCCGCAUGACAACAGUCUUGUCAGAGGAAAUGAGAGAAAACAUCAGUUUAACGAAGCAGAAUCUGCAGCUGCGGAAGGAGAACGAGGACUUACAGAGAUGGACAGAAGAGUUGAUCAGAGAGAGAGUAGGACUCAACUGGACCAUCAGGGUCAUCCUGGAAUAUGACUCCUUUCCAGUCCAUAGUCACUGCCCAAACACAGUGUGUAGACCUUGUAUGGAUGGCUGGAUACAAUUUCAAUCAAAAUGUUACUUGUUCUGUAAAUCCUCCAACUCAUCCAAAUGGAGGACAUGGCAGGAAAGUCGUGAUUUCUGCAGACAAAAGCAGGCCGAGCUGGUGGUGAUUGAAAGUCCGGAGGAACAGGAAUUCAUCUCUAACCAUAUAGAGUACUAUUUCGAUGAAUAUCAUGGCUUUUGGAUUGGACUCAGCAAUACGAAUCAAAUGAACACAUGGAUGUGGGUCGACGGAAGUGACGUCACACUGAGUUACUGGACAGCACAUCGUGGCUACAGUACAUCAUGUGUUCUAAGUAUACCAAAGGCAGAUCCACUGGCCAACUGGAACAAAGUGAGCUGCUCCAUGGUGAACCUCUUUAUCUGUGAAACUACAGCCUUGAUCAAACCAGACUGACUCAUGUAAUUGUUUCUCUCCUUGA